AUGGCGCCCAGGCAAACUGCAAGGACUGACGAGCAUACCCCAACCCUAACCCUUCAUAAGGGCGAUGCAGCCACAAGCAACACUGUAUCAGAGCGAAGACCAGGGCGCUCUUACCGCAAAAUGUCAAAAUUAUCUCUUGGACUUGACUGCUUGACUGGACCUCUGGCCAGAUGUCGUGCCUACUCGGCCAUGGCCAUCAAGCUCGCCAAAGUCUACACCGGGAAAUUCGAAGUCGUGCGGGCCACUCGCCUGUUGCAUCGUCAAGUGCAUCCAGAGCUCGAGAGGGAUGCACGUGCUGCCGCCGGGCUACCUGCGGGCGCUCAAGAGGCACUGCGAGCGGCGCGGCAUUAUGGACGAGGCACAGACGGGCAAUGUCGUGCCGGACAUCUGACGCUCUCCGCCGUGGGCGACAAGGUAUUCGAGAUUGUGCAGCGCGAUUGGCUGGUGCAGCACACCAAGGAGGUCGGCUUUGUGCUUCAUCGGGGACUGCGGACGCUCAUGGGCCGCUACGGCUGUAUCGGCGAGGUCCGCGGCCGCGGGCUCAUGGCGGGCGUCGAAACCGUCACGGAUCGCGAGUCCAAGCUGCCGAGCCACGAGCUGGCCAAGAGAAUCGGGGAUGCGGCGUUCAAGUACGGCCUCUGGGCCAAUCUGAGCAGCCACCGAAGCUUUGGCGGCGCGUUCCGCAUCGCGCCGCCCAGUUAUGCAGCGUCUUGGAGCGUGCCUUUGCUGGCUCUCUGCCUCUGUACUGUCCUCUCAGAGUUAGGGUAG